AUGUCUACGAAGUCGCAAGUUACAAGAAGAGUCCGUACUAGCAUAGCUACACCAGAGGAUGGCGUGCACGGGAAUAAUCAGCACAAGGGUAUCUUAGAUCCUCAUCUGUCGGUCUUAGAAAUGUUGGAUAGGCAGGAUGGGGACGGAGCGGGGCAAGUGGAGGAGGGAGCGGUGAUGACAGUGGGCAAGCGGCGCGUGGAGCGGUCGCUCCACCACAGCAUAUCUGAGUCAUGGCAGGCGAUCAAGAGAUCGGACUACUCGUUUCUGAGCGGCACACACGAGGUUGGGGCCAUGCACAGCAGCGUGGGCAUCCUUUCGUCGUCGGACACGUCGGAGGAGGAGGCGGAGAUGCGGCCGUCGGCGCACGGGACGGUUCACCUCGGUUCCUCGUUAGCGUCACCGAUGCGGCAGCUGCUCGUGGAGGAGGACAACAGCUGUGCGGAGGAGGACGACUGCCAGACAGUCACGAUCAGUAUGCCCAGCUCCUCGACGUCGCUGGUGAUGCCGAAGCUGUCGCUCUCACAGCGCCUUGGCGAGCCGCAGCUGCUGCUCGUCGGCCAGCCGGCGCGCAAGUUCUGGCUGACGAUCCCCAAAUGCUACCAGAAGCUCUUUGACGUGAAGAACCUCGGCAUGGUCACGCGCUGGGACGUGGGCCAGCGGUACCUCGCGGUUAUGGUGGUCUUCCACGACAUAGCGCAGGCGCCAGAGCUCCUGGACGGCCUGUGCGAGAAGGCGCCCUGCCCCACCGUGAUUCCCGUGUGCCAGAAGGGCCAGAAGAGCACGCUGGCGGCUCUCCUGAAGCGCUACACCGCACGCAAAUGCAUCCGAGUAUACUGCAGCCCUAUAAUCAUGUCCAACCACCACGAGAAGCACCGCCUGCUCAAGCACCUGCACAACCUUUGCAACGAGUCCGAGUCCGGCUAUGAAACCGAGCUGACCGUCAAGUCCAAGAAACAGCACCGCAGACCGCGCAAAAAGGACGCGGGCCCUGUUGCCCUCCGCCAUUGGGCCAUCUGGACCGCCUCGUUUACCAUUGGGAUAGGUAUUGGCUGCUGCAUCUCGCUCAUGGCAACAACUCGCUUCACCUUUUUCUCUUCCGCACCCCUGCCUCUCACCGCCGUAAUUCCCGCCCAGAUCCCUUCUUCCGUCGCGUCCGACAAGCCCCCCCACCGCCUUGUCCCACAUUUCUAUAUGCUCUGCAAAACGACUAUAAGGCAAUUGGGCACUUCACUGAGGCUAUUUUUCUUCGAGAAGUUCGAAUCCCGUACCUGGGUCCACAUUUUUGGUAUGGAUUUGCACUCGGACGAUCCAUUGGCUUCGCUCGGUAGACUUAUGCCACUGGAUUUUAUUAUGCUAUGA